AUGGCUACAUUGCUACGCAUCGUUUACAACCUGACAUGUGCCGCGUUCUGCGCACUCGCCUACCACCGGCUCUUGCGGUUAGUCGUGUCUUGUUGCCCGCUGAGUUUCACGUACGGCGAAGCCACUGUCACUGCGCAGGCCGCGCUGCUGUUUGCCGUCGCUUCCGUCACCAACAUGUUGGCGCCAUACCAUCAGCAAACGUGCUUCGACGUGUUCACGCUGAUACUACAGUACGGAAUUGUCGGCAUUUCCGUGUUUGCUCUGGUCGUGUAUAACGUGGAAACCCUACGUGCGUCGCCCGGGCGGUUUUACACGACGUUCGCCAUAGUCGUGUCUGCCACGAUAGUGUUGCCACUGCAUAUCGUCCUAAACGGUAGUCCCAUACUAAGAAUCUCGUAUUGGGUUACGAAGGACCAACACACGACAAUACUGCUGUUGUACUGGGCUGGCUGUUCGGCGUUUGCCAUCGUUUUUGUGUGCGUGCAAAUAAUGAGCGACGCCAAGGCGUCAACGUCGGUUAGGAAGAACUUCCAUCUGGUCGCUUGCCUCGUGUACGCACCGGGUCUUGUUCGCGAUCCUUGUCUGUUGUACCUGGCCAGUGGCGUGGUUUUUGCUGGUUUCGUGUUUUUGGAGACUUUGCGCAUCGCCAACAUGCCGCCACUGGGUGUGGUCCUCCAGGAAGGUUUUCGCGUGUACUCGGACGAAAAGGACGAAGGACCUGUGGCAUUCACUCCGAUCUACUUGCUCGUCGGAUGCUCUCUUCCGCUUUGGAUCCAUCCGCGACCUGACCCCAGGAGCUUGUUGCCGCUGCUGUCUGGCGUGUUGUCUAUAGGAAUCGGAGAUACGGCCGCUAGCUUGGUAGGUUCCCGGAUUGGACGUCAUAAAUGGAAAGGUUUAGCAUGUGACAUUAAUCUGAUGAUACCGCUGCUCGGAGCUGGUUUCGUAACCCUCGUCGAAGCAAAAACUGAACAAGUUGAUAAUUUAGCAUUGCCUCUUUUGUUGUAUACGCUUCUAUUGCACUGUUAA